AUGACCAGCGCAUUUACUUCGAUCCAGACCCGCGGCAAGAAGACGAAGCGCCGCGAUCAGGGCGUUGUAGUUCGUCUGCUAGAGGACAUUACACAAUUCGGCCGACGAGAUACGAUUUUGCGGGUGGAGCGCGGGCGCAUGCGCAAUUUCUGGUAUCCGAAUGGCCUGGCCGAAUACAUGACCUCCGCUCGCAUGGCUGAGCUGGGCCCUUCUGCUACUGAUGCUGUCGCCCAACCCGAUCCGUGGUUUGUCGCACGGCAGGAUGGUGUGGAGGGCGAGACCAUAUCCCAAACGGAAACCAAGGCGGCGCGACCGACAAUGGCCCUAAAGACCGUAUCCGCCACCCGUGCUGCUCUUCUCAUCGAAACAAUCGUCCCAUCAAGCAUUGUGUUCUACCGGAAACCUAUCUCGACCGACACAUCCGCCAUAUUCGGCUCCGUAUCGGCCGACGACGUUACCAACACACUACGCGAGGUUCUGCAAGGCAGCCAUGACGAGGAAGCCGCGCUGGUUCGUGUGGAACCACGCGACGUGCACUUCGUUGUUUCAGUGGGCACGGAGUCAAAACAGCGACACCAAGGAGAUGACGAGCAUGCGCCAACCACUGACCGAGUCAAGGCUUUGGGACGCUGGGAAGUGAAUAUCGUGGUGCGUGGAAACAGCUCUGAGCCUGCUACGCGAGUCUAUGCGGCUGAGAAAGCGACUACAUCUGGCGGAAAAUCAGUCACGGUACGGAAGAUUGUGGAAGUGGUGGCUACUCAAGAGUUGGGCCAAUGA